AUGAGUGACGCAGAGAUGGAGAUAUUUGGGGUCGCUGCCCCAUACCUCCGCAAAUCAGAACGGGAGAGGAUCGCAGCCCAGAAUAUGCCGUUUGAUGCCAAAGCAGCCGUCUUCGUGCCCGACCCGAAGCAGGAAUAUGUCAAAGGAAAAAUCAAAAGCCAAGACGGCUCCGCAGCCACUGUGGAGACCGAAGGAGGAAAGGUUGUCAGUGUGCAUCUGGAUGACAUUCGGCCCAUGAACCCUCCUAAGUUUGACAAGAUCGAGGACAUGGCCCUGCUGACGCAUCUCCACGAGCCAGCUGUGCUCUUUAACCUUAAGGAGCGCUACGCUGCCUGGAUGAUUUAUACCUACUCGGGGCUCUUCUGUGUGACUGUGAAUCCUUACAAGUGGCUUCCGGUCUACAACCCGGAGGUGGUGGCCGGGUACCGAGGAAAGAAACGUCAGGAGGCCCCCCCGCACAUCUUCUCCAUCUCUGACAACGCUUACCAAUACAUGCUGACAGAUCGAGAGAACCAGUCCAUCCUGAUCACCGGAGAAUCCGGUGCCGGGAAGACGGUCAACACAAAGCGAGUCAUCCAAUACUUUGCAACAAUUGCAUCAAUCGGAGACUCGAGCAAGAAGGAGCAAGUGUCUGGAAAAUUGCAGGGGACUCUGGAGGAUCAAAUCAUCCAGGCCAACCCGCUCCUGGAGGCUUUCGGGAAUGCCAAGACUGUGAGGAAUGACAACUCGUCUCGAUUUGGAAAAUUCAUCCGCAUCCACUUUGGAACAAAGGGGAAGCUGGCAUCUGCUGAUAUUGAAACUUACCUUUUGGAAAAAUCCAGAGUGACUUUUCAGCUGCCGGCGGAGAGGAGCUAUCACAUCUUCUAUCAGAUCUUGUCAAACAAGAAGCCUGAUUUAAUUGAGAUGCUGCUGAUAACCACCAACCCUUAUGAUUACCCGUUCAUCAGCCAGGGAGAGCUCACUGUGCUGAGCAUCGACGAUACAGAGGAGCUGAUGGCCACAGACAGCGCCAUUGACAUCCUGGGGUUUAACGCGGAGGAAAAGGUCGGCAUCUACAAGCUGACGGGUGCUGUGAUGCACAACGGGAACAUGAAGUUCAAGCAGAAGCAGCGGGAGGAGCAGGCCGAGCCUGAUGGCACUGAGGUGGCAGACAAAGUUGCCUACCUGAUGGGUCUAAACUCAGCUGAUUUGCUAAAAGCACUGUGUUACCCUCGAGUAAAGGUUGGGAAUGAGUAUGUCACCAAAGGUCAGACUCCACAGCAGGUGAACAAUGCCAUGGGUGCGCUGUCUAAGGCCGUGUACGAAAAGCUGUUCCUGUGGAUGGUCACGAGGAUCAACCAGCAGCUCGACACCAGACUUCCCAGACAGCAUUUCAUUGGCGUCCUGGACAUCGCAGGAUUUGAAAUCUUUGAGAUGAACAGCCUGGAGCAGCUGUGCAUCAACUUCACAAAUGAAAAACUGCAACAGUUUUUCAACCACCACAUGUUCGUGUUGGAGCAAGAGGAAUACAAAAAGGAAGGGAUUGCGUGGGAGUUUAUUGACUUUGGCAUGGACUUGGCAGCCUGCAUUGAGCUUAUUGAGAAGCCGAUGGGGAUUUUCUCUAUUCUUGAAGAGGAGUGCAUGUUCCCAAAGGCGACAGACAGCUCCUUCAAAAACAAACUGUACGACCAGCAUCUGGGGAAAAACAGCAUCUUUCAGAAGCCCAAACCGUCCAAAGGAAAGACUGAGGCCCACUUCUCUCUGAUGCACUACGCCGGCACAGUCGACUACAACAUCAGCGGCUGGCUGGAAAAAAACAAGGAUCCACUUAAUGACACUGUGGUGCAGCUUUACCAAAAAGCUUCCCUCAAACUGCUCUCUCAGCUCUUUGCCACAUAUGCAGCUGCUGACGGUCAGUUCACAUCAGAUGGAAGUAAAAAAAUCUCAAAGAAAAAGGGAUCUUCUUUCCAGACAGUUUCUGCACUUUUCAGGGAAAACCUGAACAAACUGAUGGCGAACCUCAGGUCCACACAUCCACACUUUGUAAGAUGUAUCAUCCCAAAUGAGACCAAGACACCAGGAUCCAUGGACCACCAUCUGGUCCUUCACCAGCUGCGAUGUAACGGUGUGCUGGAAGGUAUCCGCAUCUGCAGGAAGGGAUUCCCCAGCAGGAUUCUUUAUGGAGAUUUCAGGCAGAGAUAUAGGAUUCUGAAUGCCAGUGCGAUCCCUGAGGGUCAGUUCAUCGACAGCAAGAAGGCCUCGGAGAAACUGCUGUCCACCAUUGACGUGGACCACUCUCAGUAUAGAUUUGGAUACACAAAGGUGUUCUUCAAAGCUGGCCUUCUGGGUCUCCUGGAGGAGAUGAGGGAUGAGCGUCUGGCUGUGCUGAUGACUCGAAUCCAGGCAGUGUCUCGUGGUUACGUCACCAGGCUGAGGUUAAAGGAGAUGACGAAGAAAAGAGAGUCUAUUUACAUCAUCCAGUACAACAUCCGCUCCUUCAUGAAUGUGAAGAACUGGCCGUGGAUGAAGCUCUUCUUCAAGAUAAAGCCUCUGUUGCGAAGUGCGGAGGCUGAAAAAGAGAUGCAGACGAUAAAAGAGGAGUUCGCCCGACUCAAGGAGGAGUUUGCAAAGUCGGAGUCCAGGAGGAAGGAGCUGGAGGAGAAAAUGGUCGUGCUGGUUCAGGAGAAAAACGACCUCUACCUUCAAAUACAAGCAGAGAGGGAGAAUCUGUGCGAUGCUGAGGAAAGGUGUGAAGGCUUAAUAAAGAGCAAGAUCCACCUGGAGGCCAAAGUCAAAGAGUUCUCCGAGAGGCUGGAGGAAGAGGAAGAGAUCAACGCCGAAAUCACCGCCAAGAAGAGGAAGCUGGAGGACGAAUGUUCGGAGCUCAAAAGAGACAUAGACGACCUGGAGCUUACCAUCGCCAAAGUGGAGAAGGAGAAAUACGCCACAGAAAAUAAGGUUAAGAAUUUGGUGGAGGAGUUGAGCACUCUCGAGGAGAAUCUGUUGAAGUCCUCUAAGGAGAUCAAAGCCCUGCAGGAGGUGCACCAGCAGACUUUAGACGACCUCCAGGCUGAGGAGGAUAAAGUAAACUCUUUAAUGAAAAUGAAGAUCAAGUUGGAGCAACAGGUUGAUGAUCUAGAGGGCUCGCUGGAGCAGGAGAAGAAGGUGCGGGCCGACUUGGAGAGAUCCAGAAGGAAGCUGGAAGGAGAUCUGAAGCUCUCUCAGGAAACCAUUAUGGACCUGGAGAAUGAAAGACAGCAGGCGGAAGAAAGACUGAAAAAAAAAGACUUUGAAAUCAGCAACCUGCAGAGCAAAAUUGAUGACGAACAAGCUCUUAGCACUCAGCUACAAAAGAAGAUUAAAGAGAUUCAGGCUCGAACUGAAGAGUUGGAAGAGGAAAUCGAGGCUGAGCGUGCGGCUCGGGCCAAAGUGGAGAAGCAGAGGUCUGAUCUGUCCAGAGAGCUGGAGGAGAUCACCGAGCGGCUGGAGGAGGCCGGAGGAGCCACCGCCGCUCAGGCCGAGCUCAACAAGAAGCGAGAGGCCGAGUAUCAGAGGCUGCGUCGCGAUCUGGAAGAGUCCACCCUGCAGCACGAGUCCAUCACCGCCACUUUACGCAAGAAGCAAGCCGACAGCGUCGCAGAGCUCAGCGAUCAGAUAGAUAACCUUCAAAGGGUCAAGCAGAAACUGGAAAAGGAGAAAAGUGAACUGAAGAUGGAAGCUGAUGACAUGACAAGCAACGUGGAGAGUGUCCUGAAGAACAAGGCUAAUCUGGAGAAAAUGUGCAGGGGCCUUGAAGACCAAAUGAAUGAAUACAAGAGCAAGGCAGAUGAAGCCCAGAGGUCCCUUAGUGAUUAUACCACCCUCAGUGCUCGUCUACAAACAGAAAAUGGCGAACUUACACGUCUGCUGGAAGAGAAAGAGACUACUCUUUCACAGCUGAGCAGAGGGAAAUCUGUGGGGAGUCAGCAAAUCGAAGAGCUAAAGCGACUUUUGGACGAGGAAAUUAAGGCUAAAAACGCCCUGGCUCACAGUUUGCAGUCGUCUCGUCACGACUGCGAGCUGCUAAGAGAGCAGUACGAGGAGGAGCAGGAGGCCAAAGCUGAGCUGCAGCGAUGCCUGUCCAAGGCCAACAGCGACGUGGCUCAGUGGAGAACCAAAUACGAGACGGAUGCCAUCCAACGCACCGAGGAGCUCGAGGAGGCCAAGAAGAAGCUGGCUCAGCGGCUGCAGGAGUCUGAGGAGAUGACAGAGGCAGCAAAUGUCAAAUGUGCUUCACUGGAGAAAACCAAGCAGAGGCUGCAGGCGGAGGUCGAGGAUCUCAUGGUUGAGCUGGAAAGGUCAAACGCAGCCAAUGCCAUGUUAGACAAGAAACAGAGAAACUUUGACAAAGUUCUGGUUGAGUGGAAACAGAAAUAUGAGGAGAGCCAAUCAGAUCUGGAAGUCUCUCAGAGAGAGUCUAGAGGGCUGAGUACAGACCUCUUCAAGCUGAAAAAUUCAUAUGAAGAAGCGCUGGAUCACCUUGAGAACAUGAAAAGAGAGAAUAAAAAUCUUCAGCAGGAGAUCUCAGAUAUCACCGAGCAAGUUGGACAAUCUGCUAAAACUAUUCAUGAGCUGGAAAAAGCUGCAAAGCAAGCUGAACAAGAAAAGAGAGACACACAAGCAGCUCUCGAGGAAGCUGAGUCUUCCCUGGAACACGAGGAGGCCAAAAUCCUGCACCUUCAACUGGAGCUGAACCAGAUCAAGUCGGAGGUGGACAGGAAGGUGGUGGAGAAAGACGAGGAAAUCGACCAGCUCAAGAGGAAUCACCAGAGAACCGUUGACACUCUGCAGAGCACGCUGGACGCCGAGACGCGCAGCAGAAACGAUGCCAUCCGGAUGAAGAAAAAGAUGGAGGGCGAUCUAAACGAGUUGGAAAUUCAGCUGGGUCACGCUAACCGGCAGGCAGCCGAGGCAACCAAACAACAGAGAAACCUGCAGACUCAGCUGAAAGACACACAAGUCCAUCUGGAUGAAGCCCUCCACAGUCAGGAGGACCUAAAGGAGGAAUUAGCAAUCGUAGAGCGUCGCAACAAUCUGAUGAUGGCUGAGAACGAGGAGAUCAGGGCAGCGCUGGAGCAAUCUGAGAGAAGCCGAAAGCUCGCUGAGCAGGAACUGAUCGAUGUCAGCGAGAGGAUUCAGCUGCUGCACUCUCAAAAUACAAGCCUCUUGAACAGCAAAAAGAAGACAGAGGCUGAUUUGGGUCAUCUGCAGUCAGAGAUGGAGGACAGCAUCCAGGAGGCGAGGAACGCAGACGAGAAGGCCAAAAAAGCCAUCAUGGAUGCUGCCAUGAUGGCUGAGGAGCUGAAGAAGGAGCAGGACACCAGCGCUCACUUGGAGAGGAUGAAGAAGAACCUGGAGGUCACAGUGAAAGACCUGCAGCAGCGUCUGGACGAGGCCGAGCAGCUGGCUCUGAAAGGAGGGAAGAAGGAGCUGCAGAAACUGGAAUCCAGGGUCCGAGAGCUGGAAAAUGAGUUAGAGGCGGAACAGAAACGCACCGGCGAGGCUAUGAAAGGUUUGAGGAAAUAUGAAAGGAAAAUUAAAGAGCUCACUUAUCAGGGUGACGAGGAAAAGAAGAACGCAGCACGACUGCAGGAUCUGGUCAACAACCUGCAGCUCAAAGUGAAGGCAUAUAAACGGCAGUGUGAGGAGGCGGAGGAGCAAACCAGCGUCCAUUUGGCAAAGUUUCGGAAGGUGCAACAUGAACUGGAGGAAGCUGAGGAGCGAGCUGAUAUCGCGGAGUCCCAGCUGAAUAAAUUACGAGCAAAAAGCCGAGAUGUUGUUGGUAAAGCAGAAUAG